GAAGGCACGCAGAGUGGAAAGGGUCGUUUCUUAUUAUACGAUCUUUUGAUGUUGAUUACAAGUUUCAAGUUUUGCUGAAAGACGAAAGCUGAAGAACCUGCGAAUGGAUAUUUGCUUUACCGUAUGUGUCGACUAGCUGACGCACAAUUAUUAAGUUUGUAAUGUAAAAGCUCAAUCUUGUAUUUAAAGUAGCCUAGUCAUCGUACAGAAUGAUUGAAUGGAUUGAGAAUGACAGGGAGCGUGUGUUAGUGUUGGUGUGGUCCCGUUAAAGCUCUCACAUGAUGAGCUCAUUACCUCCUGUGAAGGAAGAUCGUAUCAUCUGUGAACUCCCUCUGUACUUCACAAGAGAUGCUGCAGUGCACACUAAAGAUUCCUUCAACAUUACUGUUAGAGAGGCAAGUCAGGAACAAAAAACAGGAUCAAAUGUUGCCAAAGUCAUAGUUGUGGGUGAUGUGGCGGUUGGAAAAACCUGUUUAAUUAACAGAUUCUGUAAAGACACAUUUGACAGGACCUACAAGGCAACUAUUGGAGUGGAUUUUGAGAUGGAGAGGUUUGAGGUUCUUGGAGUUCCCUUUAAUUUGCAAUUGUGGGACACGGCAGGGCAGGAAAGAUUUAGAUGCAUUGCAUCCACAUACUACAGAGGAGCUCAAGCAAUCAUCGUUGUGUUUGAUCUAAGUAAUUACGGCUCUUUGGAUAAUGCAAGAGAGUGGCUUGAAGAUGCCAUGAAGGAUAAUGAUCCUUCUAGUGUUCUUCUCUUUCUUGUUGGAACGAAGAAGGAUCUUUGUCACCCAGAUCAAUUGGCCCAAAUGGAGCAAGAGGCCAUCAGGCUCUCAGAAGAGAUCAGAGCGGAGUAUUGGGCUGUGUCUGCCCUCUCAGGGGAAAGUGUCAGAGACUUCUUUCUACGGGUUGCAUCACUUACAUUUGAGGCCAAUGUUUUAUCUGAUUUGGAAAGGAACAAUUCUAGACAAGCUCGGGAUAUUAUCAAAAUCUCAAAUAAUUGUGAUGAAGACUUAAAAACUUUAAAGAAGAGGCAUUCUAACUGCUGCCGUUAACUGAAAUGUCCCCUGAUGUUGUACUAUCCUAACACACAUCUUUGAAUGGAAGACCAAAUACACACGCAAACAGAAAUAUUUAUGAGAGACUGUUAUACAACAGUGGCCAGUUAUAUAGAGGGACUUUAAAAGGAGUCCAUUCAUCCAUGACAGAUAAAAUCUUAGUAUUGUAUGUAAAGAUUUAUCAAUGAAUGAGAAAAGCACCCUGUUAAAAAUGGACGGGCAUAUGUUUUACAUAUUUCUUAACUAUGAAGGCAUGAUUUUCUGAAUUUACAUGCUAGAGAUUUUGUUUUUGUGAACAGCAGGGUUGACGUCUUAAUUCCAAUAAUUAUUAUUGCAUUAAAUCCAGUGAGACUCUUAUAAAUGGUGCUCUUGUCUUUAUUGCAUCAUGAGUUUCUCUGGCUUAUGCUAGCACACAUGACCAGAGGGUCUGUUUCCAUCUACAAGAACACGAGAUUCCCACUGUGAGAUAAAUGGAAGUGUUGUUAAAUGUAAAGGGAAGCAGUGAAUCAGGCUGCUGAUUUUCGCAGUACUGUUCUUGAACAAGCAACCUUACAUGUUUACGCCACCAUGUUCUG